AAUUUUAUUAAAUAAAUCAUUGUUGUAAGCGGCUCUUGUCAAAAUUUCACGGGACACUGAAUCACCUUUAUUAUAUCUAUUUUUACAACUUCCUAUUAGAAGACUGAUAAGAAAUGUUCGGAUCUCGUUCAACAUUUGACAAACUACUAGAAAAAGCUACAAGCCAGCUGUUGCUUGAACCUGACUGGGACUCCAUUCUUCAAAUCUCAGAUUGUAUCAGACAGGGUGACGUGCAACCAAAAGGUGCUGUAAACAGUAUAAGGAGGAAGAUAGGAGCUGAGAAUCCACAUGUGUCGCUGUAUGCUUUGCAGGUGUUGGAGUCGUGUAUGAAAAACUGUGGAUCCCUGGUCCAUGAUGAAGUAGCUACUAAGGAGUUUAUGGAAUUUUUGAAAAAUCUUGUAAAUACAAGAGGAGAUCCAGUAAAAGGGAAGAUUCUAGAAUUGGUACAAGUUUGGGGACACGCUUUCAGAAACGAUUCGAAGUAUAAAGUAGUGCAGGAUACAUUUAAUCUUUUGAAAUUAGAAGGUCACAGUUUUCCCCAGCUGAAAGAAUCGGAUGCCAUGUUUUCUGCGGAGAAAGCCCCUGAAUGGAAGGAUGCAGACUGUUGUUCUAGAUGUAGGACAACUUUUGGCAUGGUACAAAGGAAGCAUCAUUGCCGGGCUUGUGGAGAUGUUGUAUGCCAGAAAUGUUCAUCUAAGAAUUCUAUAAUUCCAAAGUUCGGAAUUGAAAGGGAAGUGCGUGUAUGCGACUCUUGUUACGAUAAAAUCAACAAGGGGACUGGAGUUGGAAAAUCUGAUGAUGACCUACCUACCGAGUAUUUGAAUAGUCCUCUUGCUAAACAGUCCCAGACUCCACCACAAAGGACGGAGGCUGAGAUCCAGGAAGAAGAGGAGUUACAGCUGGCUAUAGCUCUGUCAAAAAGUGAGGAGGAAAACAAAGCUAAAGAGAGAGAAAGAAUGCGUAAUACCUAUGGUAUUUACGGGAGUGUGAACAAGGAGACGAAUAGAUCAACAUCUCCAGUUGCCCCACAGCAACAGCAACAACCAGCUAAUGUAUCAGCUCCGAUGAUAGAUACAGCUGACAUGGAUCCAGAAUUGGCUCGGUAUCUCAACCGGAACUACUGGCAACAGAAGUCGGAGAACAUCAAGACUACAACAACAGCAACAACAACUCAGCCCUCAGCUCCUGUAGCCCAGCAGGUUGAGCCCAAGAAUACACAGGGUGGAGGCAAGGUUCAAGAGGCUUAUCAAAAUGGUGAAACAGAGGAAGAUCCAGACCAGUUUUUGAAUGCCCUGAAUAGAAGUGUGGAGAUUUUUGUGAACCGUAUGCGUAGUAAUUCUCAGAGGGGUCGAAGUAUUGCUGUAGACUCGUCAGUACAGUCCCUAUUCAAUGUAAUUACCAACAUGCACCCUCAGUUGAUGAAGUAUGUUCAACAACAAGAAGAUCUAAGAGCCCAGUAUGAGUCUCUGCAGGACAAGUUAGCACAGUUACGUGAUGCCCGUGAGGCGCUGGAUGCACUGCGGGAGGAUCACAGGGAGAAGAGAAGAAGAGAAAUGGAGGAACUGGAACGUCAGAGACAAAUACAGAUGGCCCAGAAACUGGACAUCAUGAGACAGAAAAAACAUGAAUAUUUGGAGAUGCAGCGUCAGUUGGCACUGCAACGUCUACAGGAACAGGAGCGUGAGAUGCAGAUGAGAUUUGAGCAGCAGAGACAACUAACACAGAUGAGACAGAUGCAGAAUUAUGGAGGAUAUAACCAGCCUGGUUACCCACAGGGUCCUAUGCCAGGUAUGAUGCAAGGUGGCUACAACCCUGGAGCUGGGGCACAAAUGGAAGGUUCCCCAGUACACCAGCUCCAGCAGCAGCCGGGACCCGGUCCACAGAUGCAAGGUUACAUGCCCCAACAGAUGUAUGUUCCACCAGGUGGCGCUCAGGUGCCAUACACACAGCAGGCUGGACAGCAAACCAUGUAUCAGCCAAUGCCCCCUGGUGGCCAGCCCAUGGGUCAGCAGGCUUACGCUGGGCAGUACAUGAGUCAGACGGAUGGUCCUGCUCCCCCUGGAAUACCACAACAGACAAACUACCAACAGCCGGGAAACAUGCAAUAUAAUACUGAUGCUUCUGGAGCCCAGAGUAUGCCCCAAGGUUUACCUGGUCACAUGACCAAUCAGAACCAGGGGUAUGGAUCUUUACCCCCACAGAUGGGAGGAGAAUACCAACAAGGAGCAUUUAACAUGCAAGGCAUGGCAAGUUCAUUACCGCAGUCUGAUGCUUCAGGCUAUAAUGGACCUCCCCCACAACAACAGCAACAACAACAACAACCAUACAUGGGACAGGCUGGUCCUCCCCAAGGUCAGCAGUACCAGCCUCAAGGUCAAGGUCAACCCCAACAAGGCAUGGUACCACCUCAAAACAUGGGUCAGCCACAACACAAGCCAGGGCCAUUGGAAGCAGAAUUAAUUUCUUUUGAUUAGUUUUAUAUUAAAUUCUUGUGUGAAAAAUAUUAAAGAAUUGCUUAAUUGCACCCAAACCACAGACAUGUUUUCAGCUGAACAAAAAGGAAUAAAUUAAAUGAAGAACAAUGUAGAUAAUGCUGCAGGCAUUAAAAUUUGAUACACUUAAUCAUAUUUGUAGUUAUCAUUUUAUAUUUUCUCUGUUUCGGUGAUGUAAAAGCUAAAGAGCUUGGGACCCAACCCAUUUGCUUUUAUUUCGAAUCCCAUUUUUUUCUGUACUGUACAUGUAGGUAGCAAUAAAAUAUGAUUAAACAACAAAUUUUGAAAAUAUUUAAAAAAAACAACAAUUACUUUAGAAGUAUUGAAGACGCAAGUAUAAUAGAACAUUGUGAUAAUUUGGAGUUAUUUAAGACUGUCGAGCAAAUAUCCGAAUUAUUGUAAAAACUGUUUUAUAAUGCCAGUACUUCGCACAGGAAUGAUGAUUUGAUUUCGCUAAACAAAUCUGCAUAUGAGCCGUGCCAUGAGAAAACCAACAUAGUGGGUUUGCGACCAGCAUGGAUCCAGACCAGCCUGCGCAUCUGCGCAGUCUGGUCAGGAUCCCUGCUGUUUGCUUUUAAAGCCUAUUGGAAUUGGAGAAACUGUCAGCGAACAGCAUGGAUCCUGACCAGACUGCGCGGAUGUUGGUUUUCUCAUGGCAUGGCUCAUAUAUUUUAGACUGUCAUUUAUGGAAAACUGUCUGUGGUUUGGGCUACAGUUAACCUUAUAUGUAAUCAAGAUUUUGUGAUACUGUAAUUCUAUAUUGUAUUGUAUUGUUACAGACAUUUAAAAAACAUCAGCUUUUAAUGUUGUGUAAUAUCAGAAUAUGCAGGUGUUAAGUUUGUAAAAUUUGCAUGUACAUGUAAUAAGAAAGUACUCGUUAGGUCUUCUGGAAAAAGAAAUUGUCUUCGUUAGCCUUAGUUAAAGUAUCUGAGAUAUUGAAAAAUUGAUACAUUCAACUGAAUCUUUCUAUCAUAAUUUUCACAUUGCUUUUAUGAGAAGACAGAAGUUUUAUUACAUGUUUUUAAGUGAAUUUAAUAUGGAAAUAGUGAAAUAUAUUUUUCACCAGAAAGAAACUAUGAAAUUUGUAAAUUUAAUCAAAACAUGAAGUAAGUUUGUUUGUUUAACAUGUAAGAUUAAAAUAUCUUUCACUCAUGAACAUCAUAUCUUGUAUUUUCACUGGUGUCUAUUCCAAUGGUGGAAAUAAUACAUCUGGUGUCUUGUGACAGGUAUUUCAGUCUUGCACUACAACAAACAAAUAUCCUCUAUAUAUGUCAUGAAGGAUUAUCCAUUGCAGAGACAAAUGGAAAAUUAUUGCAUCCUGGAUGGAAACAAACACCAAUCUGAGCUUAGUUUCACCCAUUUAUUGUGUUGUUUUAGUCUUUUGUCAUCUUGAAACAUCAUAUUGUGCAAAAAGCUUUUUCCAACAUAAUCAUUGAACAAUGGCUUUUUAGAUUGAACCACUUCUUCCUAGAUGUGCGCAAGAAAGAUACUGCACGUUCUCAUUACUUCUCUCUUCCGGGAUUUCUUAUCUGAUUUACACUAUUAUAUUAAAUUUUUGUAUGUGGGUAUAUCUGCUCCUGAAUGGGUUUUUGUCAUAAGGUCAUUUAAUACAAGACGAGAGUUGAAAAUACUGAGAUAUUGUAUCCCCCGUGUGGUUUCUCAGAUUGCAUAAAACCUCAUCUGUCUAUGUCACAAGGGAUUGUAGUGGAAAGAGGCCAUUAAAUUUUUUGUCGGAAAUUUGCAUUCACCCUCAUAUCUGUUUGUAGAGUUUAAAUUCACCAGGGAAACACUCGUAUAUAACAGGAAAGUGAAAAACACUGGAGAAUUCACAAAGAAGCGUUUGUCCUGUUUUUUGAACAAAAUUUUUUUAUUAAAAAGUUUUGCAUUUCACCGGCUUCUAAAAUCUUCAAACAAUUCCAUUUUCUUAAUAGAAUUAAUAGAGCAAUUUUCCCUUCAGGGUUCUGAAACUGUACGGGCAAGGCAGAUUGAGUACAUGCACUUUUAUUUUAGACAUCAUUAAAAAUGCAUGAUGAUUAAUUUUAUUCAAGAAAAGAAAUAAAUUGAUAAUUUUGAUGGAGUGUUUACAGCAUUUUAUAUUAGAUUUUCAAGCGAAAUUAGGAGAAGGACACGAUAAGUUAAACUGUAACUUUUUUCCUAAUCCUUAUUUUAUCUGUAGAAAUGUUGUAUCAUGUUAUGCAUAUUUGAAUAAAAAUACUAUUUAAACUAUUAUAUAUAUAGUAAGCGAAAUUAUGAUCAGGCCCCAUCCAUGCAUCCACCCAUUGAUUGUUGUGACCAAAGUUAUGUAAAAAAAAAAAAAUCAGUAUAAAUUCGAAUUCUUAGGUGCUCAUUCAUUUUAUAGGGUUAUACUGGUUAAGUCAAUUUAUAAACAGUUACACAAUUUUUUAAUAGUUAAAAAAAUCCACUGCAGCAGAGUUAAUGACUUACAUCAGCAAAUGCAGGUCCAGACUGAGGUCAAGGGUGACAGGCAUUGAUCCAUAGACCAUAGUUUUAACUGACUACUGCAGAACAGAUAUUAAAACAGAAAACGCUUGUUUGAAAAAAAAUCCUAGAAAUGCACUUGUAUUUCAAGAGUAUCUAGUUGAUAAGUGAUGAAAGUCUU